ACAGGAUUGGCUGGCCGAGGCCGUGAAGCAGAGGUGUCUGACACAGUGCUGUGCUGUACGGCUGGAGAGAGUGGACAAACUGCACACCACAUGUUCACCCUGCGUCGACCAGACACGCUCACACGACAACGGGCGGUCUGUCGACCACGUGCGCUUGGUGACGAGGGGUCAGUCCAUGGACCACUCGGCGACGAGGGGUCAGUCCAUCGACCGCUCGGCGACGAGGGUCAGUCCAUCGACCGCUCGGCGAUCAGGGGUCAGUCCAUCGACCACUCGGCGACGAGGGAUCAGUCCAUCGACCACUCGGCGACGAGGGAUCCCUCUAGAGACCACACAGGGUCAGUGACUGAAGGGCAGUCUAUAGACCGUGCGGUCAACGACAGCCGUAUCGUGUCUGUCAGCCGGACCAGUGAGGAACCUGUCAGGGUGAAGCAGAGACUGACCACACACUGUGAGGUACAGCUGGGGAGGCUGACCGAAACCCGACCCCACAGAGAGACCAGCCUGACUGUAACUCAACCCCACAGAGAGACCAGCCUGACCGUAACUCAACCCCACAGAGAGACCAGCCUGACCGUAACUCGACCACACAGAGAGACCAGCCUGUUGUCCAGUGACCACGCACGUUCAGAGAACGUUCAGAGUCUCGUCCCUAAAGACCACGUUCCCAGGGACAGUCUCGUCCCUAAAGACCGCGUUCCCAGGGACAGUCUCGUCCCUAAAGACCAGGUUCCCAGGGACAGUCUCGUCCCUAAAGACCGCGUUCCCAGGGACAGUCUCGUCCCUAAAGACCAGGUUCCCAAGGACAGUCUCGUCCCUAAAGACCACGUUCCCAGGGACAGUCUCGUCCCUAAAGAGCGCGUUCCCAGGGACAACCCCCACAGAAGGAAGGUGGGAGGUGCUCCUAAAGAGCGGAGGAGCGUGUCUCGGGAGCGGCCCGCCACCAGUAGGAAGGUGUGUGUGAGCGGUGUGAGUGUGAGUCGCUGGGGAAGGAGAGACAGGGCUCCCAACAGCAGAGCAGCACCUCCCCCUGGCCGAGCUGGGGACUGCAGCAUCACUGAACUGCUGUCUGCUCAACACACACACGGGGUAGUAUUGGGGACUCCAGUUGGUGGUAACAGACUCCACCUGUCGUCUCUGCUGGUCAACCUCACUCCUGAGACUCACACCUGGAGUCGCCUCAAAGCUGCCCUCUCCCUACACAGGAAGACCAAAGCGUUCCUGACUCCGAAGAGGCCUCUCUACCUGCUGUCCUCUCCUGAGGCGGAGCUAGGGGUGGGACUAGAGGCGGAGCUAGAGGCGGAGCUAGGUGAUGUCAGUCAAAAACUGUUCUCCACGCCCCGCCCACCAAACCUCCGCUCAACGAUACGGGGGAGCACUCCUCUGAGUGUGUGUUCGUUAGACGGAGAGCUGUCUGAUGACCAGAAGGUGUUUUCGGAGUGUAACCAGACAGGACCUCUGGGCUUCCAGGACUGUCUCCCAGCAGCCAGGAUGAAGCUCUGUAGGAAGAUCGGAGAGGGGACCUUCGGAGAGGUCUUCAGUACCACCAACACCUCUGGAGACGCCGUCGCUCUCAAGAUUAUCCCAGUAGAAGGAUGUGACCAGGUGAAUGGAGAGGAACAGAAAACCUUUGGAGAAAUCCUCCACGAGAUAAUCAUCUCCAAGGAGCUGAGCAGUCUAAAGGAGAAGAAACACAACCAGACCACUGGCUUCAUCGGACUGAAGGAUCUCCACUGUGUGCAGGGCUGCUACCCUCCAAGCCUGCUAAAAGCCUGGGACUCCUUCAACACACAGAGAGGAUCAGAGAAUGACCGGCCAGAUUUCUUCAAUGACGAGCAGCUGUUUCUGAUCCUGGAGUUCGAGUUUGGAGGCAGUGACCUGGAGAACAGUAAUGGACAGCUGGCGUCGGUGAUGGUGUCUAAGAGUAUCCUCCAUCAGGUGACUGCUGCUCUGGCUGUGGCUGAACAGGAGCUCUGCUUUGAACACAGAGACCUCCACUGGGGUAAUGUAUUGGUCCAGUCCACUAAGGAGAAGGAGGGGAGUUUCCUCCUCAAUGGGACAAACCAUUCCUUAGAGACCAGGGGGGUGAGCGUACGCAUCAUCGACUACUCCCUCUCCAGGCUCGAGAUAGAUGGUCUCACCGUGUCCUGUGACAUCUCAGAGGAUGAGGAGUUGUUCCAGGGCCAUGGAGACCUGCAGUUUGACAUCUACAGACUCAUGAGACAGGAGAGACGGGUACGUUGGGGUGGGGGGGGUUACCAUGGAGACCUGCAGUUUGACAUCUACAGACUCAUGAGACAGGAGAACGGGUAUGUUGGGGUGGGGGGUUACCAUGGAGACCUGCAGUUUGACAUCUACAGACUCAUGAGACAGGAGAACGGGUACGUUGGGGUGGGGGGUUACCAUGGAGACCUGCAGUUUGACAUCUACAGACUCAUGAGACAGGAGAACGGGUAUGUUGGGGUGGGGGUUACCAUGGAGACCUGCAGUUUGACAUCUACAGACUCAUGA